ACUCUCGCCGGGCCUCACGGUCAGUUCUUGUGCAUCUGCGGUGGUCGCUUCCUUGGCGGAGUUUCUUUGCCUCCGGCAGGCGCCUCCCAGUUCUAUGGACACACUCGGUCAGCUUUUCCGCCCAGCUCUUCCGCCCAGCUCGCCCUAAACGCGCCUCUCCUGAGAAGUCUUCCUGGAUUUCUGCAGCUCAGGUCACCUCCCUGCUCCCGCUGCACCUGCGCGCGUGCCCCCCUGAGUGGUAGCAAAUGACCGGUGGAAAGAAAGAAAUUCAGAUGCUUUGCAGACGCUACAAAAGGAAAAGCAGAUGUCUUCUUCCAAUUCCUUUUCCCAGAGUUGCCAGCUGAGGAGUUGCUGGUUUUCAGGAUCUUUUGGUGAACACAAAGCAGUAGCUCCUGUUUGCUGUUUGGAAAUUUUACGCUUAAACAGGACCGGGCCCCAGAGGAGCCUGAGGUGCAGGAAUGAAGGCCCUCAGGGAAGACAGAGCGUGUGGCUGAGUGAAGACGGGGAGGCCAGCUUCCCCACGCCUCACCAUGGCAGCUGACCCGGCACCCUUCGGUCAGGAGGAGCUCGUGAUCAUCAAGGUGGAGGAGGAUGAGGACAUCCCGUGGGAUCCGGAACCGUUCUCCAAGCCUCAGCCCCACACCCCGCUGCCUGCUCUCGGUUGGGACCCCCGGCUGUGCUUCCGCAGCUUCCGCUAUGAGGAGGCCCCAGGGCCCCGCGAGGCGCUGGCCCAGCUCCGGGAGCUCUGCCGCCAGUGGCUGCGGCCCGAGGUGCACUCCAAGGAGCAGAUGCUGGAGCUGCUGGUGCUGGAGCAGUUCCUGGGAGUGCUGCCCCCCGACACCCGGGUCUGGGUGGAGUCCCACUGCCCCGAGAGCGGUGAGGAGGCUGUGGCGCUCGUGGAGGACCUUGCUCAGAUGUUUCAGGAGACUGCCCUGGUCCAGGCCCCUCCUGAGGACCAACAGCCUGGAGACCUCGCAGAGCCAGCCAAGCCCUUCUCGGAUGGAGCUCAGCCCAGGAUGUCUGGAAGCAAGCGUAAGAGCAGCGGUGAUGUAGCUGGUACUGCUAAGAAGCGCCACGCGAUAACGAUGGAGACAAAAGUGAAGAUAAUCGAGAGAGUGGAGCGAGGUGAAAAGAUGACAGACGUUGCUCGUUCGUUUAACUUGAACCGUUCAACCAUCGGCACGAUCAUCAAGAACAAGGACAAGAUCCUGGAACACGUGAAGUCUGCUGUGUCGAUGAUGUCGACGAUCAUAUCCAAGCGGCGUGGGAAAGCGAUGGAGGAGAUGGAGAGACUUCUCAGCAUGUGGUUGCAGGACCAGCAUCAGCGUCGAGCCCCGCUCAACAUAAUGCUGAUUCAAGAGAAAGCUAAGAGCCUGUAUGAAGACCUGAAGAAGAAAUACGGCGAAGAAUCAGAUGGUCCGUCUUUUAAUGCCAGCUGUGGCUGGUUUUAUCGGUUCAAGGCCAGAGCCAAUCUUCACAACGUAAAAGUAAGUGAUGAGACAACGAGUGCAGAUAUGGCUGCUGCCCGGGAAUUUCCUGACAUCCUUCGAGAAAUUAUUGAUGAAGGGGCAUAUUUACCGGAGCAGGUUUUUAAUGUGGAUGAGACAGGACUGUACUGGAAGAGGAUGCCAGACCGAAGUUACAUCAGUAAGGAGGAAAAGUUGAUGCCAGGUUAUAAAGCAGCAAAGGACAGGCUCACUCUGCUGUUUGGUGGCAAUGCUUCUGGUGAUAUGAAGCUGAAGCCUCUCUUGGUUUACCAUUCAGAGAGCCCCAAAGCCCUUAGAAAUAUAGCCAAGGGCUCUCUUCCUGUUGUGUGGAAGAGUAACCCCAAAGCCUGGGUUACACAGGCCAUUUUCCAGGACUGGUUUUUCCACCACUUUAUCCCGGAGGUAGAGAUAUACUGCUUGGAGAAGGACGUCCCGUUCAACAUUCUUCUGUUGCUUGACAGUGCUCCAGGCCACCCCCCGUUCAUGGACGAUUUUCAUCCCAACGUCAAAGUAGUGCGUCUCCCACCGGAUACUACGCCCUUUAUCCAACCCAUGGACCAGGGAGUUAUAUCAACUUUCAAGAAAUAUUAUUUACGUCGCACUUUUCGUCAGGCAGUAAAGGCGAGUGAUGAGUCAGGAACAACCUUGCGACAAUUUUGGAAGGACUAUAACAUCUACAAGGCCAUAAAAAACAUUGAUUUUGCUUGGCGUGAGGUUACAGCCGGCACCAUGAAUGGUGUAUGGAAGAACCUUUGCCCGCAGUUUGUUCAUGAUUUUCGAGAAUUCGAGAAGGUGGAUGAGGAGUCCAGAGAGGUCGUCAGCAACUUAGUGACCCUCAGUGAGAAGCUGGAGCUGGAUCUGCAGGAGGGUGACUUCACUGAACUCCUUGCCGUGCAACACGAGGAGCUCACAAAUGAAGACCUGAUGGAGCUUGAGGCCCAGAGAAAGGACGAAGAGAGACAGGAGGAGGAAGAACGAAGUGAAGAGCUGAAGAGAUUCACGAUGCAGGACAUGGCCAGGGGGUUCUCUCUGUUUGAGGAGGCGCUGUUUGUUUUCGAGGCCCAGGACCCGAAUGUAGAACGGUACACGAAGGUUGAGACAGCCGUUCAGAACGCAAUCCAGUGCUACCGUGUCGUCUACGAUGAGAAGAAAAGAGCCGCUGCCCAGACAUCCCUGGAUCAGCUUUUAAAGAGGGAGAUGGAAUUGAAUCCAGCAAGGAGCCAGAACCUGUGCCUCGCUGUCAGGCCUGGUGACGUCACAGUCCACCUGCCGUCUCCUGUUGCCGACGGUCCUUCUCUCUGCCAGCUCCCCCUCUUCGCGCAGCUCCACCAGUAACUUCUUGCCUGUUCACUCCAGCCAGUCCCUCUAAUCAGGUGGUGUGCUCUACCCCUAUACUUUCUAAGAUAC